AUGCCGGAGGCAGAGAAGGCUGUAGAAAACCAGGGGUAUGACGGCAUUAUCAAGCUGUGUGGUGUAGGCCUCCAACAAGCCGCUCAGGGUCACAGCGAGGAGAAGAGAGAACCAGUGCUGCACAAAUCGACAUCACAGCCGUCAACAAGGGUAUCAAUUACAAAGGAGAAACCAAGUUUCCAUAGGUAG